AUGAUCGGAGAUCUGUUGAUAUUCGGGUAAUUUGCCUGGUUUGUGUCAUGAAUUUCUGAAAAGUGCAUGUUUAGCUCAACGAAAUGUCGUGUUGUGUGUUUUGGGAACAAGGUUUUUGGUGUAACAGCGGGUUUAAUAAGAAGCUAGCCUUGUGCUAGUGCCAGCUCACCAGCUAACAGUAACUCUGAAGGUAGAUCUUUGACACUUUAACCUGUUUACAGUUUGUAUUUCUGUGUGUUUUUAGGACCUUACUGGUGAAUGCAGGAGCUGUGCUGAAUUUCAAGAUGUGAGUAUUUAUGUUACAGUGUUUGUGGAUAAAAAACGAGCAUGAUAAAAUGAGUAAAAUGGUGAUUACCAUGAGUUUGUUUUGCAGCAAAAGGAAGGAGUCUCAGGGAUUUGGAGAUGAGUCCAGAGCUCCGACAACAGGUGAGUGCGUGUCAGGAUCAGGAAGGAAGUGUACUGUCCACAAAUGAUUCUUAAAACGUUCCUACAUUGAUUUUUUUCUGUCAUUCAGGAGACAACAUCAGAGAGUUUCUCCUCAGCCUGCGAUACUUCCGGAUCUUCAUUGCUUUAUGGAACAUCUUCAUGAUGUUUUGCAUGAUCGUGUAAGUCAUUCACUUCACACUCAUGUGUUGGGCAUGCUGCAAUAUCCUAAGAAACCUUUAAUUUAUUCUGCAGCUGUAUAUUUUGGUGGUUUCUGCCAGAUUCUGUUACUUUUCUCCCCUUUAAAUUAGACAUUUUUUAUGUUUUACUGUCACAAAUCCUUUUCCAAAGAAGACAGUAGCCUCCCAGUGUUGAGUAUUAAAGCUUUGCGUCAGACAGGUGUAUCAUUCAUUUGUACUGUUUACGAUCAUCCUUGACCAGUUUCUGUGUUUUUACCCACCCCUUUUUAUGACUUUUCUCCCAGAUCCAUCCUUCAACAUGGUUUUUAGCCUGUUUCUGAAAAUAUUUCCUUAACGAAAAUGCUCUUUUUCUCUAUAUGUGCAGUUUUUGCUUAAUACAGGGUUCCGACACAGUUGUCAGUCAUCAUUUUUGGAAAUACCUACUCCUUUUUUAUUUUAGAAAACAGUAUUUUAGAACUGUGGUAAUAGUUUUGAAACAUCAAUAUUUUUCCAUCCUUAAUUUUCCAUUUUCUGUACUUUUUAAGACCUGAAAAUGGAUCAAAUUUAUUUCCAUACUUGCGUAGGUUCCCUGUUAAUAAAAUAAAUUGCUCUGCUGUACCAAGAGUGUACUCAGGCAUCUUGUGACACAAGCUUUGUAGUUUUUAUUCAUUUUUUAAAAUGUCUGUCCUUAGUGGGAACCAAAAAGUUCAGGAUUAAAUCCCACAGAUGGUGAUUCAGAGUAUCAAGGGAUAAACUACUGCUCUGUUGGUUUUAGUCAUAUUAUGUGAUUUAUUAGCAAAUACACUACAUUCUGCCUAAUUCUGAAGGGACUAAUCUAUCAGAGUUAAAACAUCUGUGGCAGUGCUAAGAAAUGAGCUUACUCUUUUGAGUGUUUACUAAUAUUUUCGAGUCCAAGCAACACUUUAAAAUACUUGUGGUGGGUUUUUCUUUUGGAGUUAAAUUCCCCUUGUGUGUUGAAUGACACAUCAAUCAAUGUUUAAAUCACUUUUAAAUUAAUCAGCAGGUCUUUUUGUAAAUGAAUGUCAAAUAAACCAAACCAGGCUUAAGUUUCCUGAUGCUGAAUAAUAGAAUUUAACAAGAUAAUAGUGUAUCUAAUAUUUGGAAAGGCAUAAAACAGGCCUCUCUUGGGUGGUAAAGCCUUUUGGGAUCAAAAAAAUGUAAAUAUACUUUACAGAGUCAGAUUAGUUAUUUAUAAUUGGAUUUUUUUUCACUUGUGCUUCAGUUCUGGUUUUAUCCAUACUGCUUCCAGAUUGUUUCUUGUAUUCCAAAAGUUCUUAAAAUUGCUGUUAAUUUGUUAUUCUCUAGUUGACUGAAUGUCUUGAAUUUUUACAGGUUAUUUGGAUCAUGA